AUGGCCGCCGCGGGCGCGGGGCGGCGUGCCGCGCUGCUCGGCGCCCUGCUCGGCGCCGCUGCCCCAUGGAAUCGAGGCCCGCCGCGGCGGCCGCACCAGCUCGCCGCCUUCAGCGCCGUGGUGCCUCGGCGCCCUGAGCAGAGCUGCGCCAGGCAGGGCCGCUUCGGGCGCGGCCCCGCGAGGCGGGAGCUCCGGUCGCGGCGCGCCUCCGCGCCCGCGGAGGGCGGCGAGCUCGUGGAGACCGGGCCGGUGCCGGCGAGCCUGAACCUGGCCAAGAACCUGGUGGGCUCCGGCAUCCUGAGCCUGCCGAGCGGCGUCGCGGCCUUCUCCAGCCGCGCGGCCGCGGUGGGGCCGUCCGUGGUGCUGGUGCUGCUCGCGGCGCUCCUCGGCGCCUACGGCUUCUGGCUCAUCGGCAAGGUCUGCGCGGAGACUGGCACCUCCACGUUCGGCUCCGCCUGGGAGAAGACGGUGCGGCGGGGCGCCUGGGUGCCCCAGCUGGUCUGCGUGUUGGAGUGCCUCGGCGGCUCCGUCGUCUACGCCAUGGUGCUGGGCGACGUCUUCUCGGGACUGCUCGCCGGCGUGGGCGGCGUGCCGGCGUUCCUGGCGGCGAGGUCCACCCUCAUCGUCGCCAUCGCGGCGGUGGUGCUGUACCCCCUCUGCUGCCUGAGGUCCUUCGGCUCGCUCGCAAAGUUCUCGGCGCUAGGCACCAUGGCCACGACGUACGUCCUCUUCUUCGUUGGGAAGCGCUGCCUCGACGGCAGCUAUGCUCUCGGCGGUCGCUUCUACAACGCCGCCCUUUCGGCGCCGCUCCUACCGCUGGAUUCUCUGGCGAACGUGCGAAUGCUCAUUUUGGUCUCCAUUCUGUCCACGGCGUUCUUGGUCCACUUUAACGCGCCGCAGAUGUACACGGAGCUCCAGCCGAGCGGGACGGACCUGCCCGCGCCCGAGAGGCAGCGGAAGCUGCGCCGCUUCGGCCUCGUCGCCGCCGCGGGCUUCGGCAUCGCGGCCCUGCAGUACGCGGGCGUCAUGGCCUUCGGCUUCCUGACCUUCGGCAGGCACACCGAGGGCAACGUCCUGCUCAACUACGCCACCUCCGACCCCCUGGCGUGGGCGGCCAGAGCCGCCGUGGGCCUCUCGACCCUGUUCGGGUACCCGAUGCAGUUCGCGGGCCUGCGCGCGGGCAUCCUCGAGUGGGCGGGGGUGGGCAGCCUGCCCAAGGCGCAGCACCGGGCGCUCACCGCGCUCCUGCUCGCCGCCGCGGUCUCGGUGGCGUGCGCCUUCCGGGACCUCGGGCAGUUCCAGGCGAUCGAGGGGGCCCUGCUCGCGGCGUUCCUCAUCUACGUGGCGCCCCCCGCGAUGGCCCUGUGCCUGAACCCUCGUCCGGCGGAAAAGGCGCGGCUCGUCUCCCUGUCGGUCCUCGGAGUGCUGCUGGCCGUGAUCGGCUGCGUGGUGACCGCGCGCUGGGGCUAG